AAAGGAUUUAAUUCGGCAUCAGUCAAUUCUCUCAGUCGCAAAACUGUAUAACUGUGAAGUUUGUGGAAAAACAUUUACAAGCAGUACUUUGUUAACUAGCCACAAAGAUAUCCACACUGGAGAAAAAUUAUACCAAUGUUAUAUCUGUGAUGAAAAGUUUUCAACAAAGGACAAUUUGUCAUCUCACACAUGUAUUCAAACAGCAGAAAGGCCAUACUGUUGUGAUAUCUGUGGUAAAACAUUUUGUAGAAGUGGUCAGUUGUCUUCUCAUAAAUAUAUUCAUUCAAGAGAGAGACCAUACCAUUGUGAUAUCUGUGGUCAAAGAUUUUCUAGAAGUGGUCAUUUGAUUAACCACAAACGCAUCCACACUGGAGAAAGGCCAUACAACUGUGAUAUUUGUGGUAAAAAAUUUUCUAGAAUUAGUGAAUUAUCUUCCCACAAACAUAUUCAUUUGGGUGAAAGGCAAUACCGCUGUCAUAUCUGUGAUAAAAUAUUUUCUAAAAGUACUGAUUUGUCUUCUCAUAAGCAUAUUCACUCAGGAGGACGAAUAUACCACUGUGACAUCUGUGAUACAACAUUCUCUCAAG